AUGGCGGAUGAAGGCGAUGAAACUCGGCCAGCUCUCUCCUGUGCGCCCCGGAACGGCCCGGUUGGUACCGUGGGCACCGUGGUCACCUCUGGUCCGCGGGUGGUGCGCAUCGUCAAGUCUGAGUCCGGGUAUGGGUUCAAUGUGCGCGGACAGGUCAGUGAAGGAGGACAGCUGCGGAGCAUUAACGGGGAGCUGUACGCUCCUCUGCAGCAUGUUAGCGCCGUGCUCCCGGGAGGAGCCGCGGACCGAGCGGGGAUCAGCAAAGGAGACCGCAUCCUGGAGGUGAACAGUGUGAGUGUGGAAGGGGCCACACAUAAGCAGGUGGUGGACCUGAUCCGGGCGGGGGAGAAGGAGCUGGUUCUGGUGGUGCUGUCCGUCCCACCGCAGGAGGCCGAGGGGCUGGAGGGGGGAGAGGAAAUCCAGCCAAACUACGACUACAGCGACAAGCAGGCGGUGCCCAUCUCCAUCCCCACCUACAAACACGCGGAGCAGCACGCCGAGCGCUUCGUGGUGUACAACGUCUACAUGUCGGGCCGCCAGCUCUGCUCCAAACGCUACAGAGAGUUCGCCAUCCUCAAUCAGAACCUCAAGAGGGAAUUCUCCAACUUCAACUUCCCCAAACUCCCGGGAAAAUGGCCGUUCUCUUUGUCGGAGCAGCAGCUGGACGCACGGCGCCGAGGCCUGGAGGAGUACCUGGAGAGAGUGUGUUCGGUGCGAGUGAUCGGAGAGAGCGACAUCAUGCAGGAGUUCCUGUCUGAAUCCGACGAGAAUUACAACGGCGUGACGGACGUGGAGCUGCGGAUAGCGCUUCCAGACAAGACGACUAUCUCUGUGCGAGUCCGAAAGAACAGCACCACGGACCAGGUCUACCAGGCGUUAGUGUUGAAGGUCGGCAUGGACAGUAUUAUGGCGAGCUACUUUGCCCUGUUUGAAGUCAUUAACCACACGUUUGUUCGUAAAUUGGCCCCUAACGAGUUCCCGCACAAGCUGUAUGUGCAGAACUACACGUCGGCCGUCCCCGGGACCUGCCUCUCGCUGCGGAAAUGGUUGUUUAGUUUCCAGGAGGAGGAGCUGCUGCGGGACAACCCUCUGGCUCUGCACUACUGCUUCCACCAGGCACUGGACGAUGUGAAGAAGGGAUUCAUAAAAACAGAGGACAAAUCCUACCAGCUGCAGAAACUGGCAGAGCAGCACAAGAUGGCCACGUCCCUGAGUUUGCUGCGGUCGUGUGAAGGCUAUAACGAGGUGGUUUUCCCGCACUGCUCCUGCGACUCCCGGAGGAAAGGUCACGUGAUCACGGCCAUCGGCAUCAACCACUUCAAGCUCCACGCGUGCACGGAGGACGGGACGCUGGAGAACCAGGUGAUAGCGUUCGAAUGGAGCGAGAUGCAGCGCUGGGACACGGACGAAGAGGGAAUGGCUUUUUGCUUCGAAUACGCCAGAGGAGAGAAGAAGCCGCGAUGGGUCAAAAUAUUCACUCCAUAUUUCAACUACAUGCACGAAUGCUUUGAGCGGAUCUUUUGUGAGCUCAAGUGGAGGAAGCAGGUGGAGGAGGAGGCGUCGGACAAAGACAACAAGAACUGCAGCAGCAACGAGUAUCUUCCGCCAUUGGAGACGCAGCAGAAGGGAUGGCGCCACCUAGGGGGCGAGAUUGCGACGUCCUAA